UAUUGUUACCUUGAGUAUUUACGAAAGGACGCAUAAUAACAAAGGGAAGCAUAUCUCUUGCAGUUUAAGAAUUAAAAUGGCAGAAAUGGAAACACAAAGUAAUAAAAUGUCAAUUACAGAGGAAUCACUAACCACUCGUAAGGAGUGUGGAAAAAGGGGUCGAAAACCAGGAAGGAAGACAUCGACGGAAAAAUUGGAUAUCAAGGCCAAACUUGAACGUAGCAGACAAAGUGCUAGAGAAUGUCGGGCACGUAAAAAAUUGCGUUACCAGUACCUUGAGGAGCUAGUUGCCGACCGAGAGAAAGCUGUAGUUGCAUUGCGUACUGAACUGGAGCGCGUCGUUAAUUCAAUGGAAUAGGCAAUUAAGUGAAAACAACACUCCAAGCAACAAUGACCAGUUACUUCAGGAAAUUGGAAUCCUCAAACAAGAAUAAACUUUUUUAUAAUUUAACCUAUUAUAUACAUUUUUAUAAUAAAUAUGAUUACGACAGUUA